UGGGAAGGGGCUGAUGGUGUAGGGGAACUAUAGGAAGAGUAGUUCAAUUUGGCGUACAGGUGGACCACGUGAAGAGGGGAGUAAUAUAAGAAAAAUUAGAAAUGUAGACCAAGGGUCUAGUCCAACGCCAUCGUUUUACAGUUAAAACAGACCUCGUGAGUCCGGUUACACAGCGGGUAGUAAAUCGAAGCUAGAUUGUGCACUACCAAGAAUGUCAAUUACAAAGCAAAGAAUGAAGAGCCUCGGGUUUUUUUAGAGUAUAGCCUUGAGUGUCAACCCAUACCAGGACAGUCCCUGACCGCGAUGUCCAUGCACUGAAGCCCUGUUGGUGAGGCAGACACAAAACGAGGCGAGACCUAUACCUACGUGACCACCAGUGUCUGCGGGGUAGAGCUAGGGGUCCCCAGUGCAGCGAUCAAAGAGGAUCCCGGGAGACCCAGUGAUCUCUCUUUCCUCCCAUCCCCAGAAAGAGGCUGGAAGGUCACACAUCCCAGAGUGGGACUGCGGGGUGAUCCCGCCGGCAUGGGCGCCUCUCUCCCAUCUUUGGCUCCAAACCCUCCAGGGUCUGACUUGGGGAAGCACGCGCCUCGGGAUCGGUCAAAUCGUGGGGGAAAUGAAAACGAGGCCAAAGCCCGGGGCCAAUGAGGAACCAGAUCUGGGCGGUGGUUCUGACUCUCUUUCUCUCUCCCCGGGACGUGACAAUGCAUGUGAGAAGACAUCAUACAUGUUUUUACGAAAAGAGCUUCCAGUGCGACUGGCUAACACAAUGAGGGAAGUCAAUCUGUUGCCUGAUAACUUGCUGAACCGACCCUCAGUAGGCCUGGUGCAAAGUUGGUACAUGCAAAGCUUUCUUGAACUUUUAGAAUAUGAAAAUAAGAGCCCUGAGGACCCACAAGUUUUGGAUGACUUUUUACAAGUCAUGGUUAAAGUCAGAAACAGACACAAUGAUGUGGUUCCUACCAUGGCACAAGGGGUGAUUGAAUACAAGGAGAAGUACGGUUUUGAUCCUUUCAUUAGCAGUAAUAUCCAGUAUUUUCUGGAUCGGUUUUAUACCAAUCGCAUUUCUUUCCGCAUGCUUAUUAAUCAGCACACACUUCUGUUUGGUGAUGACCCUAAUCCUGCUCAUCCUAAACACAUCGGGAGUAUUGAUCCAACUUGUAAUGUUGCUGACGUAGUGAAAGAUGCAUAUGAAACAGCCAAGAUGCUUUGUGAAAAGUAUUAUAUGGUAGCCCCAGAAUUGGAAAUUGAAGAAUUCAAUGCAAAAGCUCCAGACAAACCUAUUCAGGUAGUUUAUGUGCCCUCACAUCUGUUUCACAUGCUGUUUGAAUUGUUCAAGAACUCAAUGAGAGCAACAGUAGAACUUUAUGAAGACAAAAAAGAAGGUUACCCAUCUAUUAAAACUCUAGUAACGUUGGGAAAAGAAGAUUUAUCCAUUAAGAUAAGCGACCAUGGUGGUGGUGUUCCACUGCGAAAAAUAGAUCGUCUCUUUAACUAUAUGUAUUCAACUGCUCCCAGACCUAGCCUCGAACCAACAAGAGCAGCACCUUUGGCUGGAUUUGGCUAUGGAUUGCCCAUUUCCCGUCUUUAUGCCAGAUACUUUCAAGGAGACCUAAAACUCUAUUCAAUGGAAGGAGUGGGUACUGAUGCUGUAAUUUAUUUGAAGGCUCUUUCAAGUGAAUCAUUUGAAAGGCUUCCAGUGUUUAAUAAGUCAGCAUGGAGGCAUUACAAGACUACCCCUGAAGCUGAUGACUGGAGCAAUCCUAGUAGUGAACCCAGGGAUGCUUCAAAAUACAAGGCCAAACUUGACAAGAUCAAGACAAAUCGAACUUUCUAACAAAAUGACUGCAUUUGUCCUGUUCUGUGAAGAUUGUGUCUUCUGCAAGUUGGCCAGAGAGCGCUCCUUACCACCACAUCUUGGGGGGGUGGCACCCUAGCUGUUCCAGGGCUUGAACCUAUAUUUUCACUGAACCAGCUGGAGCUUUUCCAUGGACCCUGUCCUGUAGCUACUCCAGCUCUUCCACUAAAACAAUAACCUGAGUGCUUUUCACAACACCUUGGUGUGGUUAGCUGUUCUGGGGGUGAGAAGGUUGAUGAGAGCCUGGCACAGGGGAGUAUGAUGCCUUAUAUAGCUCCCCUAUCUUUCUGCCCUCCACUCUCAUUACUAUAGAGUCCACUGCCUAUACUCCCUGCCCACAGGAGCUUCCACUUCUGUCCUGUGCCCAGAGUGCUGUGGUGUUUUGUGUUUGCAGCUGGAUUCCACGCUCUUCUCAAACCACUGACUAGGACCCAGAGGUACUAAGGAGUGAAGUCAUCUUCUGGGGCCUCAUCAGUGGGGGAUUCCUUUCCCAAAGCCUUGACCUUCCCUCUCUCAUUCCCCAACUAUCUACUCCCCAAGUGGCUCAGAUACCUCCUUCCUUCCCUAUGUUUUCUGUCACCUUGUCAGGUGCUAGGACUUUCAUGUUAGAAGGAAAUCUCACCCUUACAUGCAGUUGAUUUUCUAUUUAAUUUGUACACUGCCAUUCUGUUGAUUAAAAGUAUUCCAAAAGUUG